GAACACCGAUCGUCGUACAGGACCUCUGUGCGAGGUCCCGAUCAUGUGAUCACUGAUUGGCCAAUCAGUGAUCACAUGCAGAGUAGUAAGCAAGAUGUCACUUCUGACAUCAUUGCUUACUAUGUUUGAAAUCUGUGAAUGAUAUCAGAGGUCACAUGGUACAAGGCUAUUCACAACAGCCUUUUACCAUGUGACAAGCUGUGACCAAUCACAGCUCACACAAUUUCACACAUAGUAAGCAAUGAUGUCAGAAGUGACAUCUUGCUUACUACUCUGCAUGUGAUCACUGAUUGGCCAAUCAGUG